CCGCUCCUGGAGCUGCCGCUGGACCGGGGCCACGCCGAGGCGCUCGGCGGCGGCGGCCGCGGCGGAGCCGGGGAAGCUGUGGGGGACCUGCGCUGGGCCCUGGGCUUGCCGCCAGGCUUCGCCCCGGAGACGUGGGACCUCCUGGGCGAGACGCAGGACGUCGCGACCGCCUCUGUGGUGCUCCUGCACAUGGCCUGGACUUGCGUGCUAGGGCGCAUGGCCAGGAGCAGCCAGUUCGUCAGCGGCGUGGGCUUCGGCGGUCCCGCCCCCGGCUGCGGCGCCCUCGCGGAGGCCUUCCCCUCCACCGUCGUGCCCAUGGUGGUCUCCCUGGAGGGCGAGGACGGCUGUCCCUGCACGGGGGCCUCCCUGGCGUGGUCGCAGCUCGCAGCCCUGCGCAUGCUGCGCAGGGCCGCCCGGUCCUCGGGCGCGGUCGACUGGGCUGCUCUGCUGGCCCGCCUGGGCCGCAGCGCCUCGGACGCCAGCGCGCACCCGCUCUUCCAGACGGCCUUCGUGAUCGGCCCGCCGCUCGCCAGCGAGCAGGAGGUGGCCGCCGCGGCGCGCGCCGUGCGCUGGAGCGCCGCGCCCCUGACGCUGCAGCUGCGGGUGCGGCCGCAGGCCAACGGCGUGCGCGCGCUGGCGGUGCAGCUGCUGUUCUGGCAGGAGAGGUGGUCAGCGUGGAAAGCGCCGCCCACCUGCGGUCGCAGCUGUGCACGCUCUUCGGGCGCCUGGCCUCUGGCCGGGAGCUGCUGCAGCGGCCGCUGCACGAGGUGCCUUCGGCCGACGGGGCGCGCACGGAGGCCCUGCUGGCUUGCAGCGACAGGACGACCGACCCCGCCGCGUACCCGCCGGCUCCAGAUGCACACCAAGUUCCUCGAGUGCGCGAGGUGGUUCGCCGGAUCGCGCGCGCUCGUCGACUGCAGAGAGGACGGCUCCGAGGACGGCUACACCUACCAGGAGCUCCACGGCCUGGUGCGGCGCGUCGCCUCGGAGCUGCAGCGCCUAGGGGGCGCCGGGCUGGACGGGCUCGUGCCGCUGCUCUUUGAGCGCGGCGUCCGGACGAUGGUCGUCGCCAUCUACGCCACGCUCGUGGCGGGCGGCGCGUACGUGCCGCUGGAGGACUGCAGUACCCGGCCGCGCGCAUCCAGGGGAUCCUGGAGCAGAUCCAGGCGUCCGGCCACUGCGCCGCGCCGGUGA